AUGAGCAUCGAGGUCUCCCUUUCUCCAAGCCAGUCUGGUUGGCCCUUCCCAGCCGACCAGCAACUCGACUUUUUCUCGUCGAAUCUGCCCGUCUCUGGAUACCCAGCUAAGAUCAGCAAGGACGACUCCUCGAUACCUGAGUUACCUCUGUUCGCCGAAGCCAGAUCUCACGCCCUCGCGGACCCGCACAAGGUCGCUAUCAUCGACAAGACCAAAGACCAAAGUUUUACCUUUGUCCAGCUCCUGAACGAUGUGGCGGCUCUGAAGGCUCAGAUCCAACGAUAUCUCUCAAGUUACGACCCAUCCAUUUCAACCUUGGAGGAACCUAGGGUUGCAUUCCUUGCACCCUCUGGGUAUGACUAUGUCGUCACCCAGUGGGCCGUCUGGGCAGCGGGAGCUGUGUCGGUGCCGUUGUGCACGUCUCAUCCGCUCAAAGAACUCCAGUACACGAUAUCGGACUCGGACCCGUCUCUGAUUAUUCUGCAUCCUUCAUUCCAGAAGUUCGAGGCGGGUCUGCAAGAACAAGCGCCAGGAAUCCCGAUCAUGUCUCUCACACCGCACACCCCAAGCUCGAAGAACUUUCCGUUUCUCCCCAGAUUUACUACCGCCUUUUCAUCAUCUCGACGAGCCCUAAUCAUCUACACCUCCGGCACGACCUCCAGACCGAAAGGGUGUAUCUCGACCCAUGAGACCAUUACCUUCCAAGCACGCAGCCUGGUUGAAGCUUGGAAAUAUAGCCGAUCCGACCAUUUAAUCCAUGUUCUCCCUCUUCAUCAUGUCCACGGCAUCGUCAAUGGACUUACGGCCACAUUACUCGCUGGCGGGACGGUGGAAAUGUAUCCGAAAUUCGACGCAAAGACCGUUUGGAGUCGGUGGUCUCAGAAAGGCUCGUCGACCAUGUUCAUGGCCGUCCCCACCGUGUAUUCCAGAUUAAUCGACUACUUCGACUCCAGUAUACGCGGGACGCCCUCGGAGACGGCGGCGCGAGAAGGCGUCGGUGCUCUUCGUCUGAUCGUCAGUGGAUCGGCUGCUCUGCCGGUGCCCACCAAGCGCAAGUUUGAGGAAAUUUCAGGCCAUGAACUGCUUGAGCGAUAUGGCAUGACCGAGAUAGGGAUGGCAUUGAGCUGCGGCUUGGACAAGGAGAAGCGCAUUGACGGCAGUGUCGGCUGGCCCCUGCCCGGUGUGCAAGUUCGCUUGACGGAUGAGAAGUCUGGGCAGGUCAUCACGUCUUCCGGCAAAGACGAGUCCGGUAUGAUUGAGAUCCGCGGACCGAAUGUGUUUAUGGAGUAUUUCCGCAGACCGGAAGCCACGGUCGAGUCGUUCACGGGAGACGGCUGGUUCAAGACGGGCGACGUGGCCAAGAGGGAGGAGAACGGCGCGUAUUUCAUCCUCGGACGGGACAGUGUCGACAUCAUCAAGAGCGGGGGGUACAAGAUCUCGGCGUUGGAGGUCGAAAGGAAGAUUCUGGGUAAUGAAUACCUGAGCGGCGUUGUCGGGGAAGUCGUCGUUGUCGGCGUCGAGGACCAAGAGUGGGGCCAACGAGUCGCGGCCGUCAUCAAACUCAAGGACUCGGCUGUCCUUACCGGUCUCGACCUAGCCACACUCCGCAAACACCUCAAGGAAGACAUGGCCGCGUACAAAGUGCCCACGAUCCUGAAAGUCGUCGAGUCGAUCGACCGCAAUGCCAUGGGCAAAGUCAACAAGAAGCAGAUCCUGCAGCAGUACUUUGGGCCGAAGCAGUAG